CCGUAUCAUCGCUAACAAUCCAACGAUAACGCAAAACAAUUUAUCGCUUUCGUACCACAUACAUAUUUUUUCAGCCUACUACUUUUCAGCAAAAGUAGAAUCUUUCUUCCGCAUAGUGGGAAUUUGCCAAUUUCUAUCACCGAAAAGAACACAGAUCCGGGAUGCCCCGCGACUACGACAGGGACUACAAUGAGGAUGCCGCCGACUACAAGCGAAAGCGACGCGACGAGGAGCCAGCGACGACCGGUGCUCAGGAGACUCCGGAGGCGGACGGCGGAGGCCACAGCACCAGCCACACCACUCUCAGAGACACGCCCCAGCUGAACGAGAAAACUAACGCCUACCUGCAGGAGUGCCUGCUGGAGAAGAAGACACUUGAGAAGAAGCACAUAAUCACCAAGAGGUUGUUGGAUGACGAGGUCGAAAAGAUCUUGGUUAGUGGCCGCAUUCCCAAGCCGGAAAUAUAUGCCAACGUCUACAGUGAGAAGCCCAUCCGUGUCGCCCAGAAGGUGCUCUUCCCCAUCAAGGAGUACCCCAAAUUCAAUUUCGUUGGCAAAAUCCUUGGACCCAAAGGAAAUACGCUACGGCAGCUGCAGGAAGAGACAAUGUGCAAAAUGGUGGUUAUGGGCCGGAACUCGAUGCGAGACCACGGAAAGGAAGAGGAGCUGCGUAGCGCUGGCAACCCCAAGUACGCCCACCUCAGUCGGGACCUUCAUGUGGAGAUAUCUACAGUGGCCCCGCCGGCGGAAGCCUAUCACAGGAUCAGUUACGCGCUGGGCGAGAUCAGGAAGUUUAUGAUUCCCGAUGCGAAUGACGAUAUCCGUUUGGAGCAGCUGCGCGAGAUGGACGGCAAGGAGCGCCUCUACAAAAAGUCUCACCACUAUUCAAAGUCCUAUGGAGAACAUGGUGCUUACAGUUCUCGUACACCUCCUCCCGCGUCGUCCAAACCUAAGGUGUAUUCGAUUCUGGAGAAGGCCCGCUAUGUGAUGGACGAUCCUAACUACGGAAUCGUAAAAACACACAGCAGAUCACGGGACCACGAGCUGUAUGACCAUCAUGGAGAGUACGAUCGGUAUGCGACACCACCGCCACCGAGCUCGAAGCACUCCAGCCACCACGCGCAGUACGAGAGCAGCUCCUACGAGCGUGACUACCGGCGUGAGUAUCAUCCACACUCGUCCUCGUCUUCCUAUGCAGCAGCAUAUUCAGCAAAACCAAGCAACGGUCGCUCAUCAUCGUCGUAUCGACCAACAACCUCGGGCUCGGGAUCACAUUCAUCUGCACACUACGAAACAGGAUCCCGAUCUCGUGAAAGCGUGCGUUAUCGCUCGGCUCCAUAUCCGAAAAUACGUUAACCCAUCGAUUUACCAAUAUCCAUGAAACCACAACAACACCAACAACCACAAUCCCCCAACAACAACAACAAACAACAAAAACAAAAAAUUAAGCAUAAAGAAUAAAAAUAUAUAUAUAUAUUCCAAAAACAAAAAAAAAACUAUCGUUAAUAUUUAAAGUCAACAAAAUCCAACUAUGCACACCUAUUAAAUAUAUAUACUAUAUAAAACUAAAAUCGAAUGAUAACCCCAAUUUUUAUUGCAAUUGUUCCAAUGUUCGAAUUGUGUUAUAUAAAGAAAUCAUCAAUGCAACAAAUUUUAUCCUCGAAAAAAGCAAAAAAAAAAAAAGAAAAACAAAAAAUGAUUGUACACAAAAAUCUAAUUCUAAAUCUAAAUCAAACUGCAACAAAUUUAAUUCUAGUUAAUGCGAAUACAAAUGAGAACUAAACACAAAACAAAAUCCCCCCAAAAACCAAUUAAUCAAUGCGUAAUGUUAGACUAAGCUUUGAAAAUAUUGUCUCAUAAGAUUAUGGUGAUAAAACCAACAAUAAAAAAUAUUCAAUAAAUUACAUAUAUAUACCACCCAACGACGAAAAGUAAGUACCGCUUGUGGACUGAAUUAUUAACAACCAAACACAAUCAACAGCAGUUAAACAAAAUUAACUAAAUGCCGGCUUCGAUACAAUUCCCCACGAGAUUUCUGAGUAUUGUGAAACGUUCAACGUUGCGUUUAUGAUUAUGAUUAUGAUUUUACUUUUAAUUUGUUUUAGACCUUGUGAACCGACGAUUGUUUUAUACCUUACUUCUAAUUUUAACAUCUACCUACUAGGCUGAAUAGAACCGAAUGUGUUUGCCGCUACAUUAUCCAAAUAAUAAAAUAAAAUAUAUAAACGA